UCGAUAUACCGUCUCGGUCGUGCCUGUACGCCGUGGGAUGCACCAGCGCGCGCUCCAGCUGAACCCAUUGGAUCUUCCUUCGUUCUAUCACAAAGCCUCGUCAACACAAACGCUUCAUGCACGCCUAGAAAACCGAAAACACACAUUUCCUUUGGUUUAUUGGGCGGGAUACGACUCACAUCGUGGAAACUUUAAGUCCCACAAAGUGAAAUGCUGGCGGGGAGGAUAUGACUUCAUGGAGGUCCUGAAGUGACUUCUGGAGGGGCACCAGAAAAUUCCAAAAGAUGACUCAGUCUGUGCAUAUAAGCCCCAAACUGAAUUUGGGUUCCCCAUUUCAUUGUGCCACUCAAGAUGAAAUGGAUCCUGGUGCAUCCUAUUCUGUACAGACUCCAUAUGGAUUCCAGCUGGACCUUGAUUUCCUUAAAUAUGUGGAGGAUAUCGAAAGUGGUCAAACAUUGCGCCGAGCUAACAUGAGCCCUCGGAGAGGAUCGCGCAGUGAAAGAGUCACUCAGAGGAGUGUAGGGGGUCGCACCAGUGGUUGGACUUCUACUGAAUCACUGGCAUCAACAACCAGCGAAGAUGGUCGUUCCCUUCCCCCACCUGUUCCUCGAAGCAUUGUUACAUCAGCCAGCAGGUCACAGCCACUUUCACCGUCUAUGGUGAUCAGUCCCACAUUACCAUCUUGUUCGAAAAUGCCACCUCCUCCACCACCACGUAACCCCAGGGUAGAGAGAACGUUAUUAGAGACAAGCCGUCGACUACAACAGGAGCAGAGUCUAUACCCACAUGGAUUAGGCUCACCUCUUUCAGAUGUUCCAAAGGAGUGUGCCAAAGAUUGUGGAACAAAUAGCUGUUUUUCAUUGUCUUCCCAGAUGGCUACAGAUGGCCACCAAUUACAGAUUUUACCAGCAGUGCAGAAUCCCUCUACUGGUGGCUGGACCAGAUUUAGUCCUCACAAUUCUGGACUGAGCACCCCAGCCUCAUGCUCUGGAAUGCAGUCAUUGAACUCAGGGCAGCUUCAGACAGUGCGGGAACAGAUGGCCUUAGCCCUUAGACAGCUCCGGGAGAUGGAAGAAAAAGUAAAGGGAGUACCAGCACUUGAAAGAGAAGUGUCCCUGCUACGUGAUGAAAAGGAUAGGCUGCUUGUGGCCCUUCAAAAGAAAACAGAACAACUUGGUGCUCUGGUCAAUGAAAAAACCUCUGCUCUUGUAGAACCUGCACCCAUGUCAUCAUCUUUAGAUCCCAGCAGUGCAGGUAUAAAGAAAAAUUCCAGUGAAAAUGGAAAAGAGUUGCCUGUUCUGGAGAAAAGAUCCAUAGCUGUAGGUGGUGAUGUUCCACUUAAACUUGUGGUGGUUCAGGAUGCAAAAGAUGCAGCUGUAGAAGCUUCUGUUGAUGUUUGUCACAAAGGAACGGAAACUGAGCCAAUGGCCGUCCGUGAUGAAGGAGUUCAGGCUGAAGUCCCAACAAAUGAAGUGGCAGUCUGGGUAAUGGAAUCGUUACUUGGGCUGUCAAGCGAGACUGAACAAGAAAUAGACAGUCUGCAGGAGACCAUUAGGUGUCAGCAAGAGUCAGUUCAUCUCCUUGAGAAAAGACUAAACCAGGCCAAUCAGGACCUUGAGGAAUUAAGGGCUUUGGAGAUGGUGAGAAUGUCAAAGGUCAUGUUAGAAAGAGAGACACUUGUCAAACCUGAAACAGCUGAUGUGCUUGUGGAAACUGAGCGUUGUUUCAAAACCUCUGUAGGAGUCGGGGUUUCCGGUGCAGACUUUCCAGCAAUGAAAAUUGAUCAAAGUAUUCAAACAGACUUUGUGGAACCAGUAAAUAAAAAGAUGGCUAUAAACCAGGUCAACACGGGUAUUCAGUGGGAAGAUCUUUUUAGCACCGACAAAAAAGACGAUCAGGAACAGUCUGUCUCUGCCGAUGCUACAGGUCCCCUGAAAUCCAUCAUGAAAAGAAAGGAUGGGAGUGGCUCUAGUGCUGCCUGCAGCAGUGGCAAGAAAAGCUUAAAAUUUGUAGGGAUUCUUAAUGGAGGCUAUGAGUCAACAUCUAGUGAAGAGGAAGACGAGGAGGAUGAAGAAAGCUCUUCUGAUGGAAGUGCAGCUGGCAGGUGCUCAGACAGCAGUGAGGACGAAGUUGCAGCUCUAGAGGAUACUUCUGAUGAAGAAAGGAAUAUCAAUUUGGAUGACAGUGAUAGUGAUGAAAACAUACCAGCUGAAUCGGAUGGAGUCAAAGAACAGGCUGAAUUACUAAAGGAAAAGUUUGAACUGAGUUCAAAAAUGCGUGAGGCUUGCCUCAUUUUAAAGAACCACCUUAAUGAUGGUGCCAAAACAACAAAGAGUAAAGAACAGCUCUCCAGCACCCAUACUGUGCAACUGGAAUGGUUCAGAGUGUCCAGUGCUAAGACAGCACACCCGCCUCGAGUUUCCAACUACCUGAUGGCUUUCUCUGAGCUGUCCCCUGCCCUGCUGCGGCACGUGGUCAACAUGACCGACGGCAACGGCAACACAGCUUUGCAUUACAGUGUCUCCCAUUCCAACUUCACCAUAGUCAGACUCCUGCUUGAUACAGGUGUGUGCAAUGUGGAUAAGCAGAACAAGGCAGGAUAUACUGCUGUGAUGCUGGCAGCAUUAUCAGCAGUGAAAGAAGAGGAAGAAUUGUUGGUAGUCAAGAAGUUAUUCAGUCUGGGCAAUGUCAAUGCCAAGGCAAGCCAGGCCGGUCAGACGGCGCUCAUGCUGGCAGUGAGCCAUGGAAGGCAGGAGAUGGUGCGAGCUCUACUUGAGUGUGGUGCCAGUGUGAACAUACAGGAUGACGAGGGCUCCACAGCCCUCAUGUGUGCCAGCGAGCACGGGCGUGCCGAGAUCGUCUCUCUUCUGCUUGAACAGCCUGGCUGUGACAUUUCCAUUGUAGAUAAUGAUGGCAGCAAUGCCCUUUCUAUUGCUCUGGAGGCAUCCCACAAUGACAUUGCAGUGUUACUUUAUGCCCACAUGAACUACUCGAAAGCUCAGUCUGAUGUGUCCCCCAGGGCAAACCAUCCAUCUAGCCCUAGAAAGACAUGGCCCUCUGAGUGAUGAGCCACCGGCUCUAAAAUGGGCAAGAAGUAAAUAUGAGCAGCUUUAACUUCCUUUAAUAAAAAACUAACAUUGUUCACAUUACAGGUUUAUAUUUAAUAGUUAUUUUUUUCCAGAUAUUUUACUUGGUGUUAUGCCAUUUAAUGCAUUACAUUACAGUAAUUAUUUUAUGUAUUAUUGGGAUUGUAAGACAUCUCUGGAUUUUAGUCUUGUGCAAAGAGGACAAUCAAGACCCCUGUAGCUGACACUGACUUGAGUAGCAAAGAAUAUCGUUGCGUAGACUAUCAUUGAAUGAUUUCAGGUUCAACAUGUGUUCACUGUGGAUUGAUGCACAGGCUAACGUGAGCUUUGUUUUGUUCAGACUGUAGCUUUAGAUCUGGGUGUGGGGAUCACGUCGUGUUCAUUUGGGUGAUUCACACUGUUCUGUUUAAAGUUUCUUAUAAUGAAACCUAUAAAGCAAUGCAGCACUGAUUCACUAGAAUAUCUGUAGACUUACUUGAUCUGGUGCAACAUUUUCUUCUGGUGAGAACAAUGUUUCCUGGACCACAUCAAACUCACAAAUGCAUAUGAUCAUAAUUGAACUGUAUCCAUUAUAUGAAAAAAAUUAAGUGCCUUCAAAAUGAGAAUGCAAAUUUCUAAUGCAGUGUAUAUUUCUAAAGUAACAUGCACAUUUAUAUAUUUGUAUUAUCAUAUUUACUUUAUGUGGGCAGGUUUAAAAAAAAAAAAAAAAAGGCAACUUAAAAAUCCCUGUUUUAAUCUGGUAUGAUUUUUUUUUUUUUUAACUUUUCCUACAGAUUAGUGGUGAUCGAUUGCAUGUUUUUAAUGCAUCUGUAACUGUGAAGAGAAAAAAAAGCAAUUGUGAAGAAAAACAGGCCACAAAUAGCAGACAUUCAUACAGUAUUUAAGAUGCCUUGGUGAAUGUGGCCUUUUGUAUACAACUGGCUUUAAUGUUGCUGUAUAGGUUUAUUCCAGAGCACACCAACACCAGAUAAUUUAGCAAAAUUAUAAAUCAGCUCAAACAUGUAUAUUUGAGCAUUGCAGAUAGGACCACAGAUGGUCAAAUCAUAACAUUUUGAUUUCUUCUUGGGGAUUCUAUAUUCUAUUUAGUUUGAUGCAGUUUGUUGCACCCUGAGCAGAGAUAAUCGCCAGCCCACUUGGUGUGUUUGUGCCACCUAGAGGUGAAAAUGCACAUGAAUCCUCAUAGAUGUGGAGUGGAAAAGUUGUAAUCUUUUGCUUACAACUAAACAAAAAAAAACAGCAUGAUAUAAACGAGCUACUCAUACUUUAUGUUAAAGAUAAAACCAAAGAUAUAUUAUCAUUGCAUUCUGGGGUAUUUUCUGUGCAUGGAACAGAGGAAGACAGCAAAUAAAAAGUCCAUGGACAGUUUCACUGUUUUUUUUCCUGCUUAUAGUAUAGUAUCAAGUAAAGUACAACUGUACCAGAAGAACAGUGUUAAAGUUCAUAUGCUUAUGUACUGCUUUGUAUUUUUUUUUUUUAUAUUAAAUAUUUGCUUGUUUUAUGUUCCUGGCCUAACCCCUCCCUUAUACUGUAAUAUAUUAUUGCAAUUUUUAUGUUUCAUUACAUGCCUUGGGAUACGUAGACACCUUAAAACAUGAAAAUAAAGUUUAUUAUAAAAAUGUGGCUGCCUGUUUUCCCAGUAUACCAGCAACCUUAGAGAUUUUAUAUUUUCUGUUUUUUUCCCCCCGAAACAUUUGCCAUUGGUUCUAUAAAUGAUUGUGUGUAAAAGCACACAGGAUUAAGUGCUUGGUAAAUUAGCCACUUGGAUAAUAAAACAAUAAAAAAGACUGGAACGCUGCUAUGUAAUGAGUUUGUACAUAAUCACACAACUUAUGAAAGAGUUGGAAUUCAUAAAAAAUAUGUUCCUUUAAUAAUACACACUUAAAAUAGGAAUCGUAUGUAGUAGUGUGAGGUGUCUUUAUGCAAAGCCACAUCAUUAUCCAGGUUGCACAUUACCACAAGUGUAUUUAUAGAACAAAAGAGCUUUAAGUUAAAAUGAUGUGUUAACCCGGAGAUAAGAGGUUUCUCCGUAUGUGAGGGGAGAGGAAAAGAAAAAUGUCUGUUAGGCCACUAGGAAGAAAAUAAAAAAUAAUUGGCAGCUUCUUUAAAUUUAGAAGGGGAGUGAAUGGAGGGGAGAUACAUUACCUAGAUGUGGCACAAAAUUUACAAAAUCAAAAAAACA